AUGGGGUUAAGCUCUGAAGACCCGUUCUCUUACAUGGCUUCGACUGAACGACUUUGUGAAGAUAGCCUGGAACCGACAACCCUGGUGCUUAAGGACCAAUACAUAGCAUCUGAGGCUGAACCUACGAAUUGGCUUUAUCAGAUAGGCCGGGAUGUGACCGCCAUCCCGCAGAAGGCUACAUCAAUAACCUUCGAAAAGAUAGAAAACAACGAUUCGUUGGAAGUUGAAUCAUCAACCCCUAUUAAGAGUCAUAAUAAACAUAUAUUUUACCUUGCGCAUCCAUUAGGUGCUCAAUACCGGACCGAUACUCCUCCCUAUUACCUCACAUCCGUGUCGCGCAACACGUUGGGCAACAUUAGUUUGGAAACGUCCAAGUCACGGCUCGGGAAGACUACAUUCAAGGUCCUAGUGAGCUCGGGAAGAAGUUGGACAGACAAUCCGUUAUUCCAUGAGAAUGCUGAACUUCUGUUUAAUGUCAAGCAGAAAUGGGCAAACGGUCAUUACAUAUGGACCGACUCCAAUAAUAAACAGGUGGCAUACGAGGAUGAUAAAGGUGAUCAACAUAGGCUUGUCAUCACCGCGUCAAUGGAAACGGAUACCAGAGACGCUCUGGUCGCCACAUGGUGCUUGAAGCUAUGGCAUGAUACAUCUGAAAGCAGUCAGGCCAAGAGAGAAAAUAUGGAAAGUAUGACGCCGCCUGAGGAAAUGCUGUCAUAUAGGGGUAUACGAUCGAUGAAUAGCAUUGCAGGGUUCGGUGGUCAUGCUGGAUUACGAUAG